GAGGCCGUCGCCGUCCCCGCCGCUGCCGGGGGACACCCGCCGCCGUCGCCGCUGUCCGGAGGCUACCUGCUCAUCAUCAUCGGGGAGCCCCACUCGGCGGAACACCGUGACCUCAUCCUGCAGCGCGUCGCUAAAGGAUUCCUGUCCUGGGACUCAUCUGACUGCCACGUUGACCUGGAGAAAGAGCUAUCAACACUUAGCAGUCUUUCACCGAAAGGAGAAGAGGCGCGAAGUGGAGAACGUCUUGUUCAGUAUGCUUCUGAAAGUCUUGUAACAGAGGUUCUUGUGCACCCACAAGUAAACACAUUGCUUCAAUGUGUGCGAAACCUGCUAUCAAGCUUCACCAGACAUCGCCACAUUCUGCAUGCCGGCUAUACCUUCGCUGGCACAGGAUCUUGGAUUCUGCAGGACGGAACUUUCUCGUACGCUGAUCUGGCAGAGCUUUUCCACGAGCCGGAUGUUCAGCGUGUUCUGCGUGCCUAUGAAAACAGCGUGUCCGUGGACGUUCAUUGCUGUGCAGAAGGGCCCUGGCGAGACGCUGCUGCGUCCGCACAACCAUUCACUCGGUACUGUAAAGUGAGGGUUAACCCGCCCGACGUCCUUACGGCGGGAAGUGCGGCCAUUUCUGGAUUUAUUGAUUAUGUCAGUGACUUGGUUCAGCCUGCAAUGCUGGAGUCGUUGCUUGAACCCAGUGAUGUGGUUGGAAACAUUCGAUUCAGUCAUCCAACGCUCUACGUUUUUCCUGGAGGACAGGGAGAUGCAGCUCUCUUUGGGAUUAAUGGUUUUAAUAUGCUGGUUGAUGGGGGAUUUGGCAGAAAAUCCUGUUUUUGGGAUUUUGCACGACACUUAGACCGACUUGAUGCAGUUCUACUUACGCGCCUUAACAACGCCAACGCACAUGGUCUUGCAUCCCUUCUUCGUAGAAAACGCAAUGCACAUGUGUACCCUCAAAUAGGUCACUUCUUCUGCAACUUGCAGGAUCGCAAAGUGCUUACGUCCCCGGACGGGGACAAAGAUCGUGAUAAUUUACUUGUAAGCCUAGUUGAAGAGGGACAAGAAAUGGUACUGAACUUACGCCAUCUUCAGUUGAAACCUUCUCCUUGCUACCGUGACUCAGUUGUAGAGCCAGUCAACUUGUACCACAAAGUUGGCCAUGGAAAACUAGAUAUGUAUGUAGUAAGUCCAGCACGGGAUUCAAGAGAAGUGAAAGAGUUUUUGGCGAAAUGGAGUGCCAAUGAUGCUAAGCUGUUCGCUAGCCAUUUGAGGAAAGAUUCUAAGGACUUCCAGUUUCCUCUUCAGAACAUGGUGUCAAUAUGUGCCUUACUAGUCUGGCAACCCGCCAACCCACAGGAUAACAUCACAAGAAUCCUUUUUCCAGGAAGUACCCCUCAGGUCAAGAUAUUUGAAGGACUCGACAAAAUUCGGCACCUCGAGUACUUAAAGCAUCCAAGAUGCACGGCAAAAUCUUUGUCACCAUCUUCUUCAAUUGUGGGGUUAAGUAGUAGGACACAAACAAAAAAAUACACUCCAACAGUCCUUGACAAAAUUACGCCCGGAGAACAACAAAAGACGUACUCGCGAACUGUUCCUACAACAGAAUCAAGCAAGCAUCACGUGCUCAAGACGGCUACAAUUCCCAUAACAGGUGGUGCUACAGAAACUAAGGUGUACCGGGCUACCACAACCACUACCGUUUCUGCCACGACGGUCGCCAGUGCCAAAGUUUCGACCAAAAAGUCAGAGAAAUCUAUUAAAAUAGAAUCUGAAAAACAAGAUAAAAAUGAAAAAUCUGAAAAAGAAAAUGUCAUGGCAGAAAAUAAGCAAGAAAAUGGGGAUAUUUCAAAAGAGGAAAAGGCAAAACAGACAGAGGUUGUAAAAGUUAAAUCAAAAGUGCGCCAAACAUCUCACUCAAGAGAAAGAAAAGCGACAAGGGUGCAACCUUCGGAUAGAAAAGACAUCGAUAAAAAAGAGAAAAAAGAAGAUAAAACGUCUCCUACCACACCAAAGAAGAGCCUAGAAGGAAGAAUCAAUGGCGUAUCCACUCGAUCAGAGAGUGCAAGUCGAGUGCAGACCCGAUCAAGCAGCAAGACGCGUCGUUCCCCAUCCGCAACUCCUGCAAAGAGCGCAAAGGAAGCAAAUAACAGAAAAGUUGCCGAAUCAAAAGUACAAUCAACAAGGUCCGUGUCUGUGACCCGCACUUCAACAAAAACAUCGAAAAAAGAAGAAAGUUCAGAAACUCAUGUUAAAACCAAAUCAGUAGAAAAGCCUGUUACAAGGCGUGUUAAACCAACGUCGCCCAGCAAGGUGGCUAAAGUGCAAAGCUCACCAAGUAAAGGCACUCAAACCAAGCCAGUCAGUGCCAAAACUGAGCGGCCGGCCCCGAUUCGAAAAUCAAGGGCUAGUGAGAAGGACGAAGCAGAAAAGAAAAUUAUAAGCAUGUCAACGGUCAACACUAAUAUUAAAGAAGCACUUGUGCUUGAAUCCAAUAAACCUUCGAACGAAGAAGAGCAAGAAAAUAAAAAUGCUGAGGAAAGUGGAAAUGGUAUUGUUAUUGAAGUAACAGAACUAGACACAAAUGUUGCAAAUGAAGAAAAACAGGAGCAAGCCGAUGAAAAUUUAUCAAGUACUCAAAUUAUUAGUGGGGAAGAAGACGAGAAAAAGUCCGAAGAUGAAGGGCGGUCACAAGGGGCAGAAGCUGAAGUAGAGGAAGAAGAUGAAGACGAGUAUUUAGUUAUUGAAAAGGAAGAACCUUACACAGAGGAGUCGUUCCAAGAUCAAGUCAGUGCUGAAUCGCACGUUCCAGCAGGUUCAGAUGAUAGGGGUCUGUCAGAUGAAGACGGCGAGGAUGAGAAGCUAAGGAGAGACACGCAGGAAUCGGAAAAAGUAAAAGAAGUCGAAAAACCACGCAAGAAAUCAGAAGCCAAAUUAACCAUGCAACUGACUGACAAAGAGCACGCUGAACAAAUUUUGAAAUCAAGUACUGAAGAAUGCACUUCACUUGAAAGGAAAUUCAGCUUAAAAACCGAUACCACUCAUUUAGUUGUUGAUGACGUAAUAAGUCCUGAGAACAAAGACAAAAUAGUUGAGGAAGUACAAGAUAUUAUUUUGUCAGCCACCGAAAUUGUAUCAAAGAAAGAAGAAAAGUUGUCACCAGAGGGGGAAAAGCGGGAGGCAGAAGAUUCUGAUGAAAAGGAAAAGAAUCUUGUAGACGAAGAAUUAAAAUGUGUCGAUGGAAAGCAAGCUUCAAGUGAACUGAAGGAAGAAAGUCAUCCCGACGAAAAAAUGUCUACUACCGCUGAAUCAGGAGCAACCACAGCGCCGACCUUACCGGAAGAUGAACGCAUUCCAUUAGAUGAUAUAAAAGAAGUCGUAGAAGAAAAGCAUGUAUUGGAAGAUACAAAAGAAAAAGACCGAGAAUCGCCUAAGGAUGACGUUGGACACGAACAAUCCGUCCCUGAUAGACCAGUGCAUUUUGAAAUCCGUGGGUCCGCUGUUUCUGCCCUGCAUCGGGACAUGAUAAAAACUCCAGAUGAAGUGGCUGAUUUGCCUGUAGAUGAAGAAUACGACCUUAUGUUCAAUAAAGAAGAACAGUCAAGGAGUCCGGUCGAUGUCCAGCAUUUACCUGAAAAGGACACGCCACGUGAGGAAAUGAAUCAGCAGGGUGAAAAGUCUUCACCAGACGUGCUCAAGGAAGUAAAACAGGAACAAGAAGAAAUAGAACAACUUAAGGACAUACAAGAAAAACUGGAUGCAGAAGCUAACCUUGAUGGAAAUAUCGUUCCUCAAAAUACCUCAGAAACAGUGGUUGCUGCAGAAAAAGUGGAUUCUAUUCGAAACAAUUUGUCAACAGAUGUCGAAGCGAAUGAUCCGAAUUCUGAUAUUGUUAUUUCUUCUGAAAAAAGUGUUUCCAAGAGUGAUGUAAAUGAAAAGGACAUAGAUACUAAGAAAGAAAAGGAAGUUCACAUCAAAGAAGAACCGUCAAAGAUAGAAGCGUCUGUUACUGGUCUGCAAGUUGUACAAAAAGAUGAGAUUUGUGUGAGCCUAGAGGAAUUGAGGAUAUUAGGACACCAAGUUGAAGAUUUGAAACCAUCCGAAAUAAAACGGGAUGAUGCAAAGUAUGUGGAAAUAGAGCCAAGCAAUUUACGCGAAGCUGACAUCUGCGUGGACGUGGGUGCAAAACCGAUGUCAAUAUCAAUCUCUUCAUUUGAUGAAAAGGAAACCAUGAUUGAAAAAGAUGUGGUUUCUACUAGUUUUAAUCAGGAUAUUCACGGUGCACUUGCAAUGGUAGCAAUGCCAGAACCUCUCGAGGUGGUUCAAGAAGAUGUCUACCUGGAAUCCAGCGUCGAAGAAGAACCAGUCUACGGCCAAACAGAUUCACCUGCGUUGCCCGAGUACGUUACUGUCACUCCAGACUCGUCCCCAGAAGGAUCUAAGUCGCCGUCACGGAAAAAGUCAACAGGUUCUGACAAAAAUGAAGGUCGUAAAUCAAGUCUUGCCAAAGGAGACAGUCGGAAAUCAAGUAUAGACAAGAUAGACAGCCGGAAGUCAAGCAUAGUCGAAAAAGAGACAGAAAUGCAAACGCAAGAAUUAGCUGCAAAUCUGCUUCUUAGUGAAAAGUUAAAGAUGGACACAGCAACUAAAGUUGCGUCACCUGAGGAACAAGGCAACAAAAUAUUGAUAGCAGAUUCAGCAGAUUUGCAGGAAAAUAUUCAACCUUCAACUACUACCACAAAGGCCGAAAGCACUGAUCUAACUGGAUCGUCUACCAAAGAGGAAAGAACGGAGCUAACAUUACUAAGUGGCACACAAUCACCACAACAGGCAGUCCAGGGUGCCGACUCUCGGAGGGGUUCUGCUCUCAUGCCUGACACUGAAAAAACCAAUCUUGGCACUGCAGAUUUUGACGAAUCUGUAACGUUGCAUCAGCCACAAGACUUAGUUUCAAACGCACUAUCGGAGGAUGUGUCAAGCAGCACAUUAACUGUUUCACCGAAAAAAGAAACGUCAGCUAUCCAAAUUGACGAUUCAAGUGCAAAACCAAUUGUGGCUGAGGAAAAAUCCAUUGAUAAGAGCACGCCAAGUCAGGACCAAAAAUUGUUAAUUCAAGAAGAAAGUGAAUCAUUCCAUCAAUUUGCUACAGACCUAAAGCUAUAUGAAGAUAUUAUUCCGGCACUUGUCACAAAAAGCGUUUCGGGUUUAACAAAUGAUAAUUUGAUGUUAAAAACAACAGAAGCUAUUUGUAAACAAGAUGCCGAAAACUCACCCGACAAACGCGUGGAGAGUUCUGUACAGCCACUCACUGUUAAAGAAGAAUUAGACAAUGUUGAGUCACAAUCUCACACACAAAGAGAUUUAAUUGAGAUAUCUUCUAGUGACGCAGUAAUUAACAAUGAAAAACGGCAGUCUGUCACAGUGGAAACAGAAGAAAGAAAUACAAUAACGUUAGAAAAAGUAAAACAAAUUACGUCUAACGCAGCAGAUUUCGAGCAAAUUUCUCCUAAGAAAGAAACAAGCUGUGACAAGAAAGACCUGGGUGUUACCUCCUACACGGACAAGGAAGUGGGAAAAGAAGAGCAGCCCUCAGAAGAAUUAUUGGAAGAAAUAAAUUCACCUAUCCAAACUGAUGCUAUAAAUUUAAGCGAUACAGUUGACAGCAAAACAAAUGAAAGCGGAGAAAAAUCACCGCUUACAGGAAUGGAAGCAAAUGAAACUGCUGACAGGGGAGAUGGUUUCCCCAAAAUACAAGAAGUACUCGAAAAACGGUCUUCAAUAAAAACCGAAACAAUAAGUGUUACAGAAAUAAGCAAUGCUCGAGAAACCAGUAGCCAGGAACAACAGGUGUCAGUACAAACGAAAGUGGAUGCCACGCCAGAAAAUGUGGCUAUCGAUUCUUCGCAGCUAACUCCUGGAAAGGGUGAAAUAAUUCGGUUGGAGGGAAAUAUACCGGGCCCCUUAGAUUCCGCAUCAAAGAUAAUCCCCGCAGAAGUGCCCCUAGUUCAAUCGCAACAAGUAAAUCUUCAUAAAAGUGAGGCACAAUCAAUUGAAAGCAACUUAAACAAAGAAGCUAAUGAAACCUUGAAAGAUUUGCCUGAGUUAACCUCAGCCAUGUCAGAAUCUCCUGGGGCACCACAAGACAAAAAAGAAAAACGUGAUUCAAUUCAAGAAUCUGUUUCUCCUACCGUUAAGUCUCCUGCAAAAUCUUUGGAGUCAUCCCCUGAAAAAGGAGAGUCGCGCAAAGGGACUUCCUCGUCUCUUGAACAAAGCUGUAAAGAAACAGCUAAAAAUCUUGACGAGUCAAAGGCUGUGGACAUUCGAAAUUCACAAGUGGCGUCUGAAAUGACUAGUAUAAACGAAACUGUUCAAAUAGAAAAGGUAGUCAAAGAAGAGGUUGUAGAAAAUACGGAAGUAGUCGAUAAAUCGAGCCCGUCAGUUCAUGAAUAUGAAGAAAUCGAGACAAUUGAAGUCACUAAGUCAAGUUCAGAAAAAGUUUUAUCACCUGACAAGGUUUUAUCCGUUGAGUUAAAUACUCUGAAUACAGUUGAGGCGGACAAGGGAAAGGAAGAUACUUCUCUGCAACUUGUGACACAAGGCGAAACAGUAACAACGAUUCUAGAAACAAUUCCUCCCAUGUCUCCAAAUUCUCUUAAAUCAUCAAACGCUGUAUCUCCAGAAAUCUCUCCUAAAGCUUCCUCCCCUGCCUCCCCAGAGAAAAAUACUUCUGAAGUUAGCAAAAAAAUUGCAGAUAAAAAGGUAACACCGCCUUUAUCUCCGAAAGAUAAGGUAUCUGGAAGUGUUACUGAAGUUGAAAAAGUACCGAGCAAAAUUCACGAAACAAAGGAGUCACCCGUAAAGUCCCCAGCACCAGCUGUUACUUCAGUUUCGGAAUCACUUACAUCCUCUCCAACUCACACAACUGCUCAAACCCUCAGCCCGAAUUCAGUGUCACCAGAACCCACAGUCACUAAACAACUGCCGGUAGACUGUGAUAUCCAGGCACAUACUUCAGACUUGGUGACCACGGCAACUAGUGAGAGUGUUUCAACUAAAUCUUCAUCAGAGGUUAUAAGCGAGCAUGAGACUGCAAAAAUCUCCAUUUUAACUGAAGAACGAUCAAGUCAAAUUAUUACUGAACAAGGGACAUGCGCGGUUGAGCACUCUUCUGAAGUACAAUCUUCAACAAUUCAAUUAUCGCAGGAAUCCUUUGAUGAAAAAGAACCUUCAGAAUCUAAAAAGUUAAAGAAAGAGUCGGAGGAUUCAGAAAAGACACUUGUUGAAAAAGACAAGCAAGAAAAGUCAGCCAAAGAUGCUUUUAAACAUUGCUCACUAGAGUCCUCGACGUCUGCUUUUGACCACAAAUCUGACGGGACUGGAGUACAUGUACAACAAACUGACCUGAAUAUAGCCACCGAUGAGACGGCUCUAGAGGAAGAGCGCAAGAGUGGGGCUACGACACCAUCCAUUUUAGUAACAGGAUGUAAAACACUAGCCCGCCAGAGCCAACCAAGUGAAUCAGAUUCUGAACUGCCCGAAGAAGACCUUAAACGUCAGGAUGAUGUAUUUGAGGCUGCCGUUACUCCGGAAGAUCCUCUUUUAGAGUCAUCUGAAAAAGGUUCGUCUUCCAGUUUGGAAAAUUUGGUGGUCACAAAAGAGGAAGAUUCAAAAGAUGCACGCGCAAACUUACUUGCAUCUGAAACAGAGCAAUCUGGCCUUUCGCAUGGAGAAAUUCUGGCAAUAAAGAAGAGCUCUCUUGAUCUUACUCGGGAGUUCCUUGAAGCUGAAUCAAAAAGCCACACAGACGCCACCGCCUCCGAUUUGCAUAAAUCUUCUGUUUUAAGCGUAGGGCACUCUGGUGGCAUUUUAUCUGCAGCCGCAAUACCCGCAACUGUCAUAUCGUCUGUAUUAGUUGGUGUUGAAAAAGCGGAAGCUGCAACAAGUCCAAUGACGCCUCUUGAACCUACGGGAAGAACAGUUAUUCAUGGCCAAAGCGAUUUUUCUGAUGAAAAACAUGAAUCCUUACUACAAACUCAAAUAAAAGAAUCUGAUAGUUCACUUAACAAGCACACUGCGGAAAAUGCUCUUGCUUCUGCGGGUGAAAUCAAAAUUGGCAGUAGGUCAGAGGAGACAGAGGAACCCGAAUUUACACUUGUUUCAAAAAGCGUACAUGAAGAAUACGUAAAUGUACCUUUUAAUGAGGAUGGUGAGUGUAAGAAACUAGCAGCUACAACUACUGUGUCGACUUUCACUGCCAAAGAUGUUAGCGAUUCCCCAAAACAUGGUGACCUAACCAAAACUGUAACGACAGUCACCAAGAUUACAACGGACAAGGAUGGUUCGGAUGCCAUGGAAACAACAACGACAGAGGAAGUUCUCAGUGAAGGAAAAAUAACAUCUGUUUCUACAAAAACUGAAAUGUCACCAUUGCAUAAGCGAUCGACACCAGAACCACAAGAAGAAGAUGGUUCUGACAACGCUCAACAAGUAGCAAGUUAUCCAAGUUCUUCUGAAGAAAGGGGCUUUGCAAGUGAAUGUGUCGUGGAUCCUGCGCGCAUUCUAUUGGAAUCAGCUGUUGUAAGUGUAGUUGGAGGCGUUGCUUCCGUAAGCAAAAAUGUUACAACAGGAUUCGAUGAUGCAAUGUCUGCUGGAUUAAGUGUACUUAGUUCUGUCGUUGGCGUUCGCAAAGAUUCUCUUGAAGCAACUCGAAGCUGUACUCCUGCCUCCGAUAUUGAUAUGGAACCUUCGACACCACACAGUGAUAUAAGCAGUGGCCAAGUGUCACGGGCGCCCACUAACAUUUCUGAAAGUGACUUUCACCCAGAAAGUGAAGACGACGAUGUGCCCGGGUCGCCAACUAGCCUUACCUCACAAGUCACACAUUCACCUCCCCCUCACUUUGACUUUGGUGUGGGUGAAACCCACAGAAGUGGAGCGAGAGGAAGUCAAGAUGACCAGUGUGUAUUAGAAACCAAAGCUUCGACCCAAGUUCGCCGCCAGACAAUUGCAGCUCCUAUGACUACCUCUAUGUACGGUGCAAUUUCUGGCAGUCCUUUAGAUGAAAAUCCAAAGGACUCUACAGGCACUCAAAAUGAGCCAAUGAUGUCUUCAGUAUAUAACUUGCCUGAAGAAAAGACCACGUCCCUUGGCGGGUCUGUUGAUAUAAUGAGUUCAAGUAUGAUUGGUGAGUUCAGCAGUUCAAAUGUCUUAGAAUUUGAUCAGGCUGUUGAAGAGCACAGGGCCGCUCGUGGGACAGACCUGACUAAAAGUACAGAAAAUGUGUUGUCAGUCUUGGACUCAGGUUUUAGCGAUACUUCAUCAUUGGUCUCAAAACCAGAAAUUAUUCAAGAAAAACCCCAAAGCAGUUCCAUUCACUUUUCAGAAACCCAGACAAGUCACCUAUCAGAAGAAGUAAAAGAAGGUGCAAAAUCCGUUGAAGAUAAAACUGCAGCAUCCAAAACAAAAGAUCCAAUAGCUGGAUGGGGGGAGCCCCUAGGACUACCAUCACCAGUUCCCCCACCUACAAAUGAGGAACCAGUGCCAUCUCCAAAAGGUACACCGCAAAAAGACAGACUUGGAAGCAGGAAACCAAUCGUGGACAAUAAAAAGAGGCCUGAAUCUCCACGACGAGCUAAAGGAAGCAAAAGUAAUGCCAUUUACAUAGAUCUUACAUACGUACCACAUCAUGGAAAUUCAUACUACACCUCCCUGGAGUUCUUCAAACGGGUGCGUGCUCGAUACUACGUUUUCAGUGGAAUCGAGCCCAGUCGGGAAGUGUACAACGCACUUCUGGAGGCAAAGCAAACAUGGGAAGACAAGGAACUAGAGGUUACCAUAAUUCCAACUUAUGAUACGGACACACUAGGGUACUGGGUGGCUGAAAAUGAAGAUGCGUUGGCCAAAUACAAGAUAGACCUUUCUCCGUCAGCGUCAAGAUGCACAAUAAAUUUGCAAGAUCACGAAACAAGCUGCUCUGCGUAUCGCCUCGAGUUUUAGGAAAAAUUGAUUUUCUUUUGCCGUUUUUGUAUGCGUGGUGCUAAACUAUCGUUACUACAACUUAUAGUUUGUUUUAAAGCAUACGUAUAGAAUCUAUGCACAAGUCUUUAUAUAAUAUGUUAAAGAGAAUGCAGCUUAAUUGAACCGUAUUGAAACUGUUUUUAUUUCUUUAAAUUUAUUAUUUUAGAGCAAAUGCCAGAACAUUUUGUAUCUGUUCCCAAACUAAGUGAUCUUUGAUUUUUAGAAGCCUCUUUUUUAUACGUAAAUCUACAUUUCAUCUUACAAUCAAUUUAGAAACGUUUGCACUAUUAAAAAAUUGGUUUCGUUACUGUUUUAAAUUUUAUCCCGUUUGUGUCACUUUAUUUGCUAUCAUCUGUCUUGUAAUAUGGUUUUUAUUUAACUAUCCAGUGCUACAUCAUUCUAUGUAAUAUCGUCUCUACUUGUCUUGGCGCGCCAUAACAGAGGCUCCAAGACCCGUCCUUUAGAAACUGUCCAAACCAAUGACUGAAGUUAAUUGGAUUGUUUUUUUCCGAGCCACCUUCACGGUCUCCCUCCUUUUCACAAGGGACCAUAGACCCAAAUAUAAAAAUAAAUCAGGUCAUUCAUUCUAACGAAUCUUUGGUGGCACUUCUAUUUGUAAUCCUGGUGAUUGUGUCGUUUUACCAAUCCAUUGGAAUGGCCAUAGUUGCCAUCAAAUGUAUAAGUCCCACACAAUCAAAAAUAAACUGGGAGUGUUAUUUCGACUUUACAGAUAGUUUUACUUUUUGUGUUUCACUGCAGAUUCUCUACUUAAAUCAAUGUAACCAAAAGUACACGAUAAUUAUACCAUGCGCUUCAACCAACUUCUGCAUACAGGAUUGUUGGAUGUUUUGUUUCACGUAAGGGCAGAAAUCCUUUUGAUAAUGUUUUGUUAUAAUAAAUUGGAGAAUACUUUUGCAGUAGCACAAUAUUCAUCUAUUUGUGAGAAAACUUGCCUAAAAAAUUUACAAUGUAAAUCUUAAUUUAUUUCCCUUGUGGCCUGCCAACUCAUUGAAACAGGUAAAAAGUGCAUUAGUUCGAGUUGAAGUUGGCCAUUUCUUCCUUUCAGUCAUAAAGAUAAGCACAUAGCUUUUUUCAUCUAGAAACUAUUUAACAACUUACCACAUCUGUUUUAUGGUGGCUCUACCUCUAGAAUAGAUAGAAUCACGGUAAAUUUAGAUAUUGAACGGCAUUUAAAUGGACCUGUUGAAACCGAUUGUAAAUUAUCUUACAAAAUGAAGAAGUGUGAAGGAGUACAUCUGAAAAGGACGUGUGGCCUCUUAGAGCAAAAGGCAUCAAACUGUUUUUAUAAUUUUGAAAUGUUGCACGCUGUCAUUUGUUGUGAGCCAAACGCUUUAGGAUAUAAAAUUAUGCAUUCUUAAAAUUUUAUGUGAUAUUUGUUGAGGUAAUGUGUGAAAAGAGCUGAACUUUACCCAGAUUUAACGUUCGUUAUUUUAAACAAAUAAGCUGCAUUUGUGAUUAUGGUCAAUGUGGAAUCAGAGAUGAGUUAAUUUUCUGUAAAAGUACAGUAAUGAUGGACUCCCUUUCUCAUUCUGCUUCCACAUAAUGCCAGACAAUAGGUCACUUUCUGGAUUCGCUCUUCUGAAGUAUACUUAUCCUAUAAUAUGCCCUAAUGUUGCAUCUUCUCAUAUAUGUGAGAUUAUUUAUAAACACAGAAGUAUUUUAUGUAAACUCUUUGCAAGACUUUCAGAAGAGCGUUUGUCCAUAUUGUGGCCCGGGUAACGCAGAACUGGGAUGAUGCAUGUGAUAAGAGUGGUGGCAGUAUAUAGUAUUCUUUUUUGAAUCUGAAUCUAAAGAAAUACGACAGCAAAGCAGAACUAGCUAAUCUUAACAAAAGAAAAUGCUUUUUCAAAUUUAAGCCCUGUUAACAUUUUGUCUUAGCCAUGCAAGAAAUCCAGUUUUAUUUACAGCUUCACCUGAGAAGAGACUGGUAGUCGUAGAUUUGGGUUGUUUUGUACUAAUGUAGAGUUUAUCGAUGUUUCUCAUAACAACAUACUUAAGCAAAUGCUCUCCCUGGUUUAGGGGCUGCAAUUUUUCAAUUUGUAUUUUAACUUUGUUCAUAUCCUGAAAGAUGCUUCCCAUAAUCUCGGAUACUUGGCUCAGGGUUAAAGACCAAGGUUAUGUAAAACAAACGUUCUGUUGUGUUUAAAAUAGUGUUUGAAAAAUGUUAAAAUAACUAUGACCGGCGCGUCAUCUUUCCGUACAUUGUGUGUCCUUUUGAUCGGGCUUUGAACCCGUACGUCUGUUUGCAUCCAAAUUUCUCACCGGGAUGCUAGCCGGGAAUAUAACCUGCGCAUAGGCUUUCAGUGUAAUGAGAUCAAAAGCUGUUACAUCAUUAAAAUUCCUAUGUAAGCAUUGCUGUGCUCAUAAUUUUAACGUGAUGUGCUCCAAGAUGCUCUGCAGGCUGCAUUUUAGUUGUCUCAUACAUUUGCUUUUUCCAUGUUUUAACAAACAUUUAUGAUACGCAUGUAUUGUAUACUACAGACUAUUAUUUUGUUGUGUGAGUAUUAUAUUAAUUAGAUAUGUUGAUCAAUUUAUUAAAUAUUUAUUGUGUAUUUAUUUCGAAUAAAUAGUUAAUAAAUCUAGAAUUUUGUAAACAGGGAGCAAGGAAUCCUUAGCAGACGACGUUAUCAUAAUCUUAUCAUUGAUACAUGAGGUUUGGGAUAUUUCAUUAGCUGUUUGUGAUUGGAGAAAUUUUCUGACACAUUCUGGAGACAUUUCCAAUGUAAACUUUGAAUCUAAUGGAAACAUCUUUGGUGGAAACUCUGGCAUCAGUUUUGAACUUUGCCAAACGUCUAGAAAAGAGUCCCCUUUGUUUUUGAUUUACGAAAUAUUUUGUUGAGAAUGGUUCGUUUCGCUCCCUUUUUAAAUAUUUACUGUACUGUGCUUUGAUUACUGAUGUCAGCGUUUCGUUCACUGAUUCUUCGUACUCAGUUACUGUUUCAUUUUUACCACUUUUAAAUUUUCACGCACUGGCCGUAACGAUGCCGGAACAUCGCACUGAAGGUGUACUGAAAGGAUUGUGAACGUUCCUAAGUUAUUAAGACACGUGGGCCUAAAUGCGUACCCUUCAAGUCUAAUUUUUUUAACUCACGUUGAAAUGCGACACUUAGUGUGAGGAUAUUCAUAAAUUCUUGUGAGAUCCGACCUGUUACUGGGCGCGCUCGUGUCGUUGCUGCUGCGCGAGUGGUAGGGCUGCUGUGACCAUAAAAUGACUGAUUGGGUGGGGAUAGGUGAAACAACUGAAAGCAGGAACUAAGGAUUGAAACUUGAAAAUUCGCGCAAAUGAGUUCUGAGUUAGCCUUAAAAGCGUCUCAAAGGAAAAAUUUGCGUUAGCCUUUAAGGAUUGCUUCUAGUCAUUGUAACUUAUUCAAUUUUGCUUAAUGAAUUACAGUAUAGGGUUUGAUUGUCUGAAAAAAAAGCAUUAUAAAACUAACUGAAAGUGAAAUAAACAUCAUCUCCAUU